AUGUAUUUACAAACAAUAACUAUUGAUCAUCAAGUGCUCAUCGGUGCUGGAGCUUUCUUUUCAAUGCCAAAUUUGGAAGAAUUUGAAUAUUCCAAUACAAAACUUCUUUCUCUAUUAGAUUCCACCUUUGCAAACUGCUCCAAUUUAGAGGAUAUUAAUUCUGAAGCUCCAAUCAUUUAUAUUGGAAGCGAUUGUUUCUUUAAUUGCUCUUCUUUAGAAGAUUUUGAUACAAAAAGCGUUGAAUUCAUUGGUUCUCGAGCAUUUGAAAGAUGUUCAAGCUUAAAAUCACUUGAUCUUUCAUCUUGCAGACAAAUUUCAGACAAUUCUUUCUUCGGCUGCAAGAAACUAAAAGAAAUAACAUUUUCCAAUAAGCUAACAAGCAUUGGCAAGGAAUGUUUCUUAUGGACAGCCAUUGAAAAUGUUCAAAUUGAAUCUAAUUUCCAUUAUAAUAUUGAAUCAUAUGCAUUUUCAUACUGUGAAGAGUUAGAAACUGUAUCAUUAGGACCUGGUAUAACAGAAUUGAAGGAUAUGACUUUCUCAUACACUUCAUUGAAGAAAAUAAUUUUACCUGAAACAAUUUCAAAAAUAGAAUCAAGUGCUUUCCUAUGUAUUACGCAUAGCUUUGAAGUUAAAAUUGAUUCCCGCAAUCCUAUUUUCAUUUCUACGACAAAUGGUGUUUUGAAUAAAAAUACCAAAGCUUUAGUCGUAUCAACAUACUUUGAUGAGAAGGCAACUUUGCCUAAUGAGACCGUAUUCAUUGAUGGUGAUACUGUUUUAAACGGAGUGGACGCAAAUGAACGAUUUUUCUCAAUGAGAAGUGAAGGAGCACCGAUAGUUGAAGUUCCUUCUUCAGUUUUAUACAUCAAAGAUGAUAGUUUAAUACAAUCUCAGUAUCUUUACAGUCUUUGCAUUGAAGGAAACCAUUUAAUUUAUGAUAAAUUGAUUAACUUUGAUUAUACAACUUAUGUAAAAAGCUCUUACAAGUUCCCGAUCAUGGAUUUGGAACCGAACUACAAAGAGUGUGGAACUGAGCCAUAUUACGCAAACUCUGAUUUUAGGGGAGUUUUCGGACUUAAGAAGAACGAAAUUUUCCUGGUAAUAUCUAUUUGUAUUGUUUCUGGUACUUUCAUUGCAUUUUUGGUCUAUUUCUUAGUAGUUCACAAGCAAGUUUGUAAAAAGAAGGAAAAGAAGCAGGAAGCAGGUAUGUUUGAUGUAGAGUUUUCUGAAUAA